AAAUAUGAGCCUAUUGUAUCAAUCCUCAGACCCUUGUUCUCUCUCUCCUUUAUAAACGGGUUAUAAUCCGCUGGUGUGACAUAUUCUAGGCAGAAGCAACUGGCCAUUAUCGUCACCUGUCGGCAUGAGUGAGGAAGAGCAGAGUAACGGCUCGCUGUCUGUCAGGAAACCGUCUCGCAUGCCCAAGUGCUCGCGUUGCAGGAACCACGGCUUCGUGUCGCCGCUGAAGGGCCACAAACGCUUCUGCAACUGGAGGGACUGCCAGUGUCAGAAAUGCAGACUGAUCGCUGAACGACAGCGGGUCAUGGCAGCCCAGGUGGCGUUACGGAGGCAGCAGGCCCAGGAGGAAGAGCUGGGCAUUUGCAGUCCAGUUAACCUGUCCGGUUCAGACACUCUGGUGAAAAACGAGGCCGCAGGUGAUAAUGUGUUUACUAUCAUCUCAGGACCGCCAUCACCCACCACCAGCAGUGCUACCGCCUCUCCCACCAACCUAGGGAGCCGUUCCAUGCUGGCUGUAAGUCCUGCAGCGACCAGCAGAGGGCACAAUGACGGCACUUCUGACCUGAUGGUGGAUGCCUCCUAUUACAACCUAUACCAGCCCACGCCAUACUCAUCCUACUAUAGCAACCUGUACAACUAUCAACAAUAUCAGGUUCCGACUGGAAAUGGCCGGCAUAACGUGUCACCCCAGUACCGCACACACUCCUACUAUUCAUCUUACCUGAGUCAGGGGCUCGGCACAACUGCGUGUGUGCCACCCGGUACCUGCCCUGAACCCAAAGCUGCAGCUUUCUCUGAUGGAGCUCAAGACUCAGUGUCCAUCAGCUCAAUGAUCAGCGCUGAGAACAAGCUGGAGUGCGAGAGCAGCUCAGAGUCUGGAACCUUCUCCGUCGACUCCAUCGUAGAGGGGCCAACUAAAUAAAAAAAAAACCCUCACCUGCAACAAUCUCACAUUGAUUUGAAUUGUUUAUGUAUUUCUUAACUGAAAGUAUAAUCAUUUUGUAACCAAACACUACCUGUUGUUCAGUUUUGUAGUUUGUACUGAUCAGUUUUUUUAUUUUCUUUAUAGUUGCAGUUUACCAUGUUUCAUACCGUUUAAUAGCUUCAGUUUGUUUCCUUUGAUGCUGCAGUUUUUAAAAUUUAGAGUAGUUCACUUCCACUCCUGUGCACUAGUGAAAAAAAUGGCACAGCUCAGCGAUUUAUUGUCACAUAUCAGUUUUAGCUCAGUAUUGCUGUCAUUGGCCUAAUGGAUAAUCUAACUUCUUCCCAUGACCUUCAAGAUGCAAAGUAUAUGAGCUCUUCUCCAGCGUCUCCAUAGUGUUGUGUUGUAGGCUGUGGGACAGUUGAGUUAGAAGAGAUACUAUUAAAUUAUGCUUCAAUCUCACAGUGAACGGCUUGUUUAUUUAUGGCCAUCACUAAAGCACAUCAUUUAACUUUUGAUGAUUUGCAUCUACCCUGUUCCUAUGCAUGAUCCAGCUAAUGUUCAGUACUCUUCUGCACUUUCUUUGUAUAAUAUGAAGCCGUGCCCUUGAUUUUAAUGGCGUUGGCACAGAUAGUGUCCUCAGUCAAGUCACGAAUAAAUGGUAAAGGAGAAGAGGGACAGAAAACUUAGUUUUUCUUUUAGACUUUCAGUCUUUUGAUCUGAUAGAAAUGAGCCAUAUUCAUGUUAAAUGGAAAGCGUAAUCUAAUUUUUACAUGUGAGUUUUAUCAUAGUGGAAGGCCAUUUAAUAUGCUUCAAGACAAUCUGCAUGUCUUUUGCACUUGGAACUCAUUAUUAAUAGAAAAGACGUAAAUUAAUAGCCUUUUUCAAAAAUAAACGCACCACUAAUUUUCGAUUUGAUGAUUUUGUACUAUUUCGUUAGACUAACAGUUCACAGUUUGAUUCAUUUGUUCAUUUGUUUUCCAGAUGCUGGUUUUGUGUAAACACUGUAUUUUGCUCAUGAUGUGGUGAGCUCUUGUUCACUGACGCUGUGAUGUUACAAAUAAUUUUAUUAUUGUUAUGAGUAUAAAACAAUACAAAAGCUCA